UGUUAUAUAAAAUUGGGCUGUUACUUUUCUUCCACAUUUAAAGAAAAAUAAAAAAAAUAAAAAGUAAUAGCAAUCUCCAAAUGAUCAUUUUGAUCUUUGUUUUUAUACUUUCUGAAAUUUAUGACCUCUGUUGAUCAUCAGUCUUCAAUUGAAAUUGCAGGCAUAGGAAACAGAAAACAAAAGGAAAGUUCUUUUAACAACUUUCACAAAACCCCUUGAGAACUUCAUCCCAACUUCCGGUUUCUCUUCUGUUUUCUGUCAAACUAAACAUAGCCUUAGUGUGUAUGCAUGUGUCAUUUGAAUCCAUCUCACACUAAAUUCUGGGUUCAGGAGGUUAUAUAGCAAACUUGGUUUAAGAAUUGUGUUUUCAUUAAAGGGUUGCAGGUUCAACUUUUAUUGAAAAUUAUUUUUGAUUUAAUUUAUCAGUUAAUAAUCCAAGUCCCUUUUAGUUAUUUUUAUUGAUAAAAUAUAAUGUAUGUUUUGAUGAUUAAAUUAAAGUUUUAUUUGUUAAUGAUAUAUAAAGAUCUGAGCCUGAUUUGACUCCAAUUUGUCUAUAUGAACUUCAUAGAGAUUUCCCUGUCUAACAGUUAGUCUAGUAGGAAAUAGAGUUAUAGUUGUUUCUUGUCAAGAAGAGGCCAGAACAUUGGUCCCACACACAUGGCAAGCAUAAGCUGCAAAGGCAGGUAAGGAGCAUAUCAGAACUCAUCAGAAUUGGCAAGAUUAUAGUUGUUUCUUGUCAUUUCAAGUAGGAAAUAGGGUAUUAAGGUAAGCAGUAAUUAGGGUUUAGGUAUGGGCAUUUGAAGUUUUUAUGAUUGAAUUCAUGAUUCCAUCAUGUGACUAGGAGUUUGGGUUUAGGAUUUUAGGGUCUUGUAGUACUUGCUUUGUUUAUUCUAAAAAAAGGGUUUUCACAUAUUUCCUAUAGUAUUUCCAUCAUGAUCUAAUGUUUUACCUAAUGAAGAUUCCAAUGAAACAUGUUGCUUUUCCUUGCCGUGAAAGUGAAUCAGGUACCGCCCCAUAUUUCCUGGAGUACUGGGGGGUUCAGCGGUGCAUAAGCUUCACAAAUCAUUAUUUACAGUACCAUCUCUUUGAAUACAUAGGUUUGCUGGGAGCAAAUAACUUUUUUAUGAGCUUUUAGAUAAAGUUUAUAAAAUUCAAAGAAAACAAGUAACAACAGCUUUCUAAAAAAUAAUUAGUAACAGAAAUUAACAGCAAAGAAAUAACUAUCUUUCUGUGGUUAAACCAAACCAGAAAUGUCAGCACAGAUAAUUAGGAUUCAGCACAGAUAAUGAAAAACAUGAUGGCAUUUAAGACCUCUGCCACAACCUGUGCACAAUAGCCCCACAAUGACUGGCACAGGCAGGCUUUCUCUUAAGGAGAUUGGUGGCAGAACCAAACCUACAAAAAUGUUUCUCCAAGUAGAGUUUGGAGCAUUAGUGGAGAUUCAUUCAAACCAGACUAUGCUGCAAAAAAGGCUAAAAACAGAAACGGGAAAAUGUGAUUGAAUGGAGAGAGGAAUUUGGGGAAAUAAUAUAAAUGGAACCUUCUCACCUUCAAAGUAAGGAGGUUCAAAAGCAGGAUCAUCUUACAAACAGGAUAGAGCCAGUGGAGCAUGCUCAAAUUGAGUUGGGGAAAUGCCUUAAGUCUAAAGAUUUAAUCCCCAGAUUGAGAGAAAAAGCAGUAAAGCAACUGGUAAGGCAGGCCGGGUAAGGCUUUACUUUCAAUUACUGGAUAUGAGUCAGCUUUUAGGUAUAUCAGUUUGUAAUUUCAAUUGCAGGGGGAUCUGCAGAGGAUGCAGAUCUUAAAUUACAGCUCAGGAGGUUGUUUAAUAGGGUGUAGCUAAAUAAUAAAUGUUAACGGCUGCAUUUCCAAACAUGGGUGUAGUUUUACACCCAUGUUAAUUCCAAACAAGUGUAGAAAAUACACUCACAUUUACACUGUUUUUCCAAACGUACAUCAGUGUAAAAACAACACAGAAUUGGUUCAUCUUUUGCAUUUAUCCAUCUGACCGUUUUUCAUUUACACUGGUGUAUUUUUGUAUUUACACCUCAAACAAACGAAGCCUUAGGAAUUUAGGAUGCUUGCAUCUUUUCUCCAACUCCAAGGAGCGAAAAAAGACUCGGGAAGUUACCCACCACUCGUCAUUGGCAAUCUCUCUCCCAUUCCCAUUCUCCCUCCCUUCCAUCAGUGGUUUCUUACUUUCUUCUUCUUCUUUCUUCUUCUCUCUCACUCUAAUUUUUUCCUUACUCCCUUAGUUUUCUAGGCGGCAGACAUAUAUAAUCUCGUCCCUGCAACCAUUUAAGAGCAGCAUCAGUCAAGGUAUGGUCAAUUUUAUUUGCGUUAUUAUUUUCUUUACUGGUUAAAGAAGUUAGGCCAUUCCGGUUCCCAUUCCAACCGCAAACCAAAUGGAUCCUAAGUAUUUUUUUUUCCGUAAAAAAAGUGUCAUUUUUAAAUUCUAAUUGCUGGGGACAUCACAAUAUCGUGAUUUCUGAUAUAUGCUAUUUUUACAAAGGAGGAAAUCAUCCUCCGAUCUCCAUUCGAUUCAAUCGCUACAAGAGAAGAAACCCAGGCUUGGGUUCAAGUUGCUCGAGAACCUGCAGGCUGCAACUGCCUCCAACAGUCCAACUCCAAACUUCAACUUGCUACUCUCUUCGUUGAACUACUAUUAUAUUCCCCUCUCAUUUUAGCGCCAUUCUUCUUUCUUUGCUGACUCUUUUCUAUUUUGGAAGACCGAACACUGUUGUGCUGUCUGUGAAGUCCAAUGACACAAAAUCUGCAGCUACAUCAAAUAUGACCAAUAACUGGCAUAAUGGAGAUUGAAGAUCUAGCAAGUUCAUCUGAUGGAAUGUCUGAUCUAGAAGUUCCAUCAGAAGAUUUGAAUGAUGAAGAACUUCAAUAUACAUCUGGUUCUAUCCCCAAAUUGCAAUUCAGGAAAGAUACAUCUAAGGCUCGUUGGAAUGCAGAGAUGGGAAUGGCUGAGGUUAUUGAAAAGAAAGGCAAAAUGUGGAUAACAACAGGAAUAGUUCGAAGAGGAAAGCUCUACUGCACAAUUGAGGAAACCUUGUUUUUGGCUGAAAUAGGGGCACUGCAUCUGUUGGAUGUUGAUGAUACAACACUUUUCCUGAAAGAUUUAUAUGAGAAGGUUGCAGAAGGAAGGAGUGGGUGCUGUUGGGAGACUUUUGAGGUUUACAGACACCUAAAGUCCCUUGGGUACAUUGUUGGUCGGUAUGGUGUCCCUUGGACCAUGAAGGGUGAUAAUGGCUGUAACUCUACUCUUCAAGGAACAGCAGAAACCAGUACAGUUUCAGACAGUGAAUUGGUGAACAGGUUUUCCUUCAUCAACCAACGUGAAAAUUUGCAGAUUAGUGAUUUGAGACCGGAUUUUGAAGUUUACCUUCCUAACAACAAGUUCAGAAAAUCAUCUCCUGGUGAUCCAAGUUUUAUGCUCUUUGUAACUAGGGCUCAUCCACCAUCAAGAAAUGAGAUCGAAGAACUAGAGAGGAAGUGCAAUGGCAUUCCCUUAAAAUUCUCUCAUGUAGACCAUGGGCGAGUCAGUUUCUUUUCCAUCAACAGAGUGGAGCUUCCAGUCCUACCCUGAUACGUACAAGUAGGUGAGUUGGCAAGAAAUGUGUAGGGAGAGUUUGUUUGGAUUGGGGAUGCCCAGGUCUGGCUGUUCUUUAUAAAAGCUUUCUGUUUUUUAUUUUCUUGUGGGCUUCAGUGAAGGAAGCUGUUGUAGUUAGACUUACAGGCCAGCUGCUUUUGUUUUGAGCGGUUUGGUGAUCUUCUUAGUUAAUGAAAAAUUUUCUGUUGCUUUAAAAAAAUCAAAAGCUUAGUCAAGAAGAAGAGAAGUGGUUUCUUGAUCUAAAUUGUUUUGGACUUGUGAGAUUUAUGAAACUGACAUUUUGAUGUCAAAUAGUUAUAUAUAUUAUGCAACUUCAGGUUAGACAGGGACAGUAUAGUUGUAGGUGUUUUGAUUUUUGGAUUAUUAAGGAGCUUAUUGGGAGUGCUAUUGUUAUAUGUAGGAGGGGCUUUGAUCUUUAUUUUUUUCUCCUUGGUGGUUUCUUAUCACCUGUCAUUGUAAUUUUAUUUUCUUUUAAUAAAACUUUCUUUAUUAUUGAAAGAUAAAAAGUUAGAUAGUAAAGGUAUAUUGUAAUUAGGAAAAUGGCACUAGCAUUUUCACUGAUUGUGCAGAAAAGUCUGUAUGAUCUUAUUCCUUGUUACAAAUUUGAAUAGAUUAAC